AUGACAGCCAAGAAGUACAAUAUGAAAGUAUCCGCCGCUAAGACAAAAAGUAUGGUAGUCAGUAGAAACCCUAUACGAUGCAAGUUGGAAGUAGAUGGUAAAAUGAUCGAACAAGUGAUGGAGUUUAAAUAUCUUGGAGCAUUGCUGACAAGUGCAAAGGACUUAGGAACCGAAGUGCGAGACCAGGCACUCAAGGCGGCGAGAAUUGCCGGAUGCCUCAACGAGAUGGUGUGGCGCAACAAAUACAUGGCCCGAGAAAGUAAAGUCAGAGUCUAUAAAACAAUCGCUAGACCAGUGUUAACAUUUGCCACAGAGACCAGGGCCGAGACAAAGCGCACCAAACAACAAUUCCGCACCGUUGAAAUGAAGGUCUUAAGAAAAAUAGCGGGCUUUACGCUUUGGGAUCAUCAGACCAACGAGUCCAUCAGAGAUGCUUGUAAUGUGCAAGAUGUAGCCAAGUGGACUAGGAUGAGGAGAAAGAUGUGGUCGGAGCACGUUGACAGAAUGGAUGAAGAGAGACUGGCAAAAGUUUGUAUGACUGGACAACCCAUAGGGAAAAGACUGCCUGGACGACCGCCUAAGAGAUGGGCACAAAGGUGGCUCUCUUCUCCUGAAGAUGAUUGA